CUUAAAACAAACAAACAAAUAAAUAAAUUUUUUAAAAGUGAGAUAAAGAGAGAACAUUUUCAUAAAACAAGUAAUCAUACCUCUAACUGGCCUAUUCUGAUGGUUUAGUUUUAAUUAUAUUUGAGGAGAAUCCAUACCUGUAUUGCUGUGUUGACAUUUUUAUAUAAAGCUGGAUUGUACCUGCAGGGGCUUAUGAAGGAGCUUAUCAUCAAGCCUAUCAGUGAGAAUAAAAAAAUAUCAGAUUUUAAACUUUAUUUAGUAAUGUGUUAGGACUGAGAGGCAAAAAUCAUACCUCAUUUUCCCACAUACUUCCUUCCAGUUAUGCGCUACCUAAUCUCUUCUACUCACUGUACCCUCUCCCAGGAUGCAGGUUUGUGUCCUCAAAACUCAUGGUUUCCUGUGUCCACCCCAUAAGACAACUGCAAGUGAUUUCUACAGAGUCAACCUGGGAAGUGGAAGCUGGACAAGAGUUUUGAGACUGUGAUGGGAGACCUUUCAAAAAUAGACAGCAGUGUCCCUACCCUUCCAAGUCAAAGUGCAAUUUGUUCAUGCUUCUGCUGUUACUGCUCAAUGCAAGAAGUCUUGGGCUGUGUAGUCAAGAAUGUAGGUAGAGAGAAGGGCCUGAAGUGUCACCAGCGUAAGGGCUAAGGUGUAGAGGGCCCUGGAGAUACCUCUAAGGAGGCGGUCUCUAAAAGGAUAUCCUUAGGUCGGGUAGACACCAGAUGGGAGGCAAAAUGAGGCUUCCCAUUCUUGGGGGCUUUUGUUCACUGGAUGGGGAAUCUCCUUGCGCCUUCUCCUCCAUGUUUCCCGGAAGCCUGCUGACACUCCUCGUCAGCUACAAUUGGCUUACGCAGAAUUCUGCCCUUUGAGCACAGUUUCCAACAUUCUUGAUCAUCAAUGGGCAGAUCAUACCAGUGAGAGAGCUGAGUCAUAGGCCCAUGAAGUAGAGCUGGGAGGCAAGGGGUGAUGAUGUAAUCGUCCAGACCCCUGUACCUUCCUUCUACACGUGGGGUUUCUCUCUCAUGGCUUUCCCCACUUAUUCCAUAUCUCCAGGGAUUGUAUCUCUGUGUUGAAGAAAGGAUGUUUUUCUCUGUAUGCAUACAUAUCAGGGAUUGGUGCUUUUAUAUGUUCAGGCCAAGUGUCUUUAAUAUGGGUGUCUAAUGAGUCCCUGGGUGUGGUGGUAUGAGGAGUUAGAAAGCUCAGAAAUGGAAAAUAUUUAACGUUCAGAGUAGCACAUGAAUACAGCCUGUCCAUUUGCAUUUUCCCUUUCACUCUGACUCAUCUUCCCCUCUCCCCACCCUAUUAUUGCCCUCCACCAGCCUCACCCAUUGGCACACCCUGCCUGUAUAGAAAGGAUUAACAUCUGCCUGCACCCAAGCUAGAACAAGAAGUAGAGGGAAGGCAUGUUUGGUCUGGAGGGAGAAAGUAGAAGGCUGGUCUGAAUAUUUUGGGGUCCUGAACAAAAGGGAGAAACAGGAGUUUAGAGACAGAAUAUUUGGGUCUAGGAGGGGACGAGGAUCUAAGGAAGAAGCCCAGGGGGAACCAGACUCUGUCAUGUCACCAGAGCAGCCUACCAGUGCCUGACUUGCACAUCUUCCAGUUAUUUACUGGGCAUAUACGAUGCAGCAGGCACAUAUCAUAAAUGAUCUCUCUACGUUUGUUGAAAGAAUGAAAAAUGUGCCACAGGAUGGGAGAAAAUGGAAUAAUAAAAACAGAAAAAGAAAUUUGAGCCUCUCAGACCUCCUUUCCCCAGGUUAACAAGCACUAAAGUGUGAAAACAGGGGAAAUCUCCUGAGAGCUUGACCCUUUUGGCAGGAAGUGAAAGAAACCCCAGGGUUCUGAUUUCAGAGAAAUGUCAUUUGUCAUCAACCCAAGAAAAGGGAGUUUUCUCUUCGAAGACCACCGCAGGCCCUUCCUGGGGUUGCCCCCUUCAAAGCUUGAUGGGAGAAUCUGAGUCACUUGCACAUUCAGUCCCCAGUGGUGGCCCAGAUGACAGGGGUCAUUUCCACAGAGCAGUUAAAGCUUCCCUAGUACUAAGUCAAGGCAAGGAAGGACGAUGCAUGCUUUUGGCCCUCUUUCACUCUCUCCCUGGAAUCCAGAUGUUUCAGCCCUUUUUAUUUCUGAGGUAGUAGAAACAGCUUCCAGCUGCUAGAGCUCUACUGGUGCUUCUCAGUAGCAGAAUUAAUACUAUUUGAAUGAUGUGAUGUACUGACAAACCACUUUCACAUUUAUCAUGUCAUUUUAUCUUUAUCCUCACCUCCAAAUGCGGUAAGCAAAGGUUAUCCCUAUUUCAUGGAUGAGGUAACUGAGGCUCCGAGAGGCGACUUGCUCAAGGUGACUCAACUAGUAAAUGGCAGAGAUGAGACUCAAAUGCAGGUCUGAUAAUUCCAAACUCCUUGUUGCCUCAAAUGAACUUUUUUAAAAAAAGAUUUUUAUUUUAUUUUUUUUAAAGUACUCUCUACACCCAACACAGGGCUCGAACCUACAACCCAGAGAUCAAGGGUAGCAUGCUCUACCGACUGAGCCAGCUAGGCACCCCUCAGAUGAACUUCUUUGACUCUAGUUCACAAAUGAAAUAAGGAGACAGGGAGCCAGAAUGUCUUGAAUCUGGAAGUAGAGAGGGUGUUCUCUCCUGGGGAGAGGGGGGUGAAGCAGAGCCAGGGUUAUAAAACCACACCCCCUUGGGGGACUGUGGCAGACUGGUACUUGGGACACCCAAUGGAAGACUGUGAGGUCAGGGGCGGGGCUAGCUCCAGGGGGGCCCCAGGAGCCCCAACAGCAGUUCAGAGCAUGCGGUGUCCAGGAGGAAGCUACAACCGGUGAGUGGUUGCUUCUCCCCAGCUGAGACUUUCCUCCCAUUACACCCCCUCUUCUGUUCACUUCUUGCCAAUUAGUAGCCUUCUCCCCGAGGUGUCCCAGCAGUAAUUCUCCCAAUAAGGGUCCUUACUCACAGUGAGCCCACACUUAGGAAUAUGCCUGCCGAGACACUUAGGUCUGUUGAUCUCUUAGUAUCUCAGUUCCCAGUUCUCUUCUUAAAAGCCAACGUGGUAGUUUUGAUAUGUGAUAAAUUUCCACCUUGUUUGGACUCUAUCUAUUCUUUGCUUUUGGUUUGUGGGAAACAAAAUUAAACCAUCUCCUUACCCUAAUCUGGAAAGGAAAUACCUCCCCCUCUACCCUUCCCAUUUCCCUUUCUCCCACUUCCUCAGGGCUCAAAACCUUCUCCAAAAUCUCUCUCCAUCCUUGAGUUGGGAACCAUCUCUUCUGUGGCUUGUGCACCUGUUCUCUCAACCCACUGGAGGGGAUUCUUUGGUCUCUUCUAGGUCCUUCUCUGAGGACAUGUUCUAGAAGUUUCAGCCGUAGGGAGAUAAUCUAUUGAUGCCUCAAAGAGCAUGCCCUUCUGCAGCUAUGACCUCAGUCUUGCUGCCCUUUCUGCCUCUCAGGACUACUCAACUUCAUGUAAUGGGCUUGGGGUGGGGUGAGGGGGUGGCACGCUAGCUUUCUAAACUCUCCCGUGAAGCAGUGUCGUGCUCCAUCCCUAAUUGCCAGGGCUGACUGGGUCUUAUGGUGAUUUCUUUGUCUGGAAAGAAGACAGCCUGGCCUGCUCCAAGGUCUUUCCCCACAGAAAGGCUUAGAGUAGCAUAAGUAUCAACCUCUGCUAUCUUUUAAGUCAGAGACUGCUAAUUGACUGGACCCAUCUUACACCAGCCUUAAACCCACCAUUUGAUAUUGUUGCUAACUGCUUGGUCUUUACUCUUUUAAGUCCCGAAUUUGGUCUAAUUUCCAUUCUCCUGCCAUCCCCACCCUCAUCCCUACCCCCUGGUCUGUUAUGAUUCUAGGUAAGCUCAGAUCCUCUCUGGGUUAGUUUAUGUGCCUCAUUCAGGACACAGAGAGCUCUGAACCUGCAACUCACUCUUUCUCCCCUCACCUCCACAGGCUUGAGAAUAUGCCGUUGCUCUCUUCCCUUUCCACCAUGGACCCCACACUGUGGCCUUUCUUUCAGAUCCUCUGAGAUUGGUACCCAGGCAAGGCACGAUGCCCUUGUUCCGGACAAGACUGCCUAGCCCCUACAGCUCUGAUCGGCUGCGUCAUUCCUAGGCCCUGGUGGGCUGAGACCCCUUGGUUCGGGGAGGGCCAGCCUGCCCUGUGGAGCAUCCUGCUGUUGCCACCCAGAUAUGGCACUCCCUUCUCUCAUAGCACCCCCAUCACUGGAGCCUGGCAGGAGGUCUGGCCUCAGGACCAGAGGAUCCCACUGUCCCUGAACCCUGAGAAAGGUCUCUGGAACCACAGCCAGUUGGCCUCCUCCAGUCCUGCCCCAGGUUCCCUCCCCCAGGGCUCCGAAAAGCUCAGCCCUGGGGACAUGGAAGACUGUAAUCAGAAGCACACAGGUGCACUUGCAACCUGUGUGAGUCAGGUGAACACAGCAGGCCCGCCUCGCCAACAACCUCCCCCACCCCCUCCUGCUCGGUCUCGGCCCUAUUCUUGUUCUGUCUGUGGAAAGAGGUUCACACUCAAGCAUCAGAUGGAGACACACUACCGAGUCCACACAGGAGAGAAGCCCUUUUCCUGCAGCCUAUGUCCCCAGCGCUCCCGGGACUUCUCAGCCAUGACCAAACACCUGCGGACGCAUGGGGUCGCACCCUACCGCUGCCCUCUGUGCCGGGCGGGCUGCCCCAGCCUAGCCUCCAUGCAGGCGCACAUGCGCGGCCACUCGCCCAGCCAGCUCCCACCUGGAUGGACCAUUCGCUCCACAUUCCUCUACUCCUCCUCUUCAAGGCCAUCCCGGGCCUCGACUUCUCCCUGUAGAUCCCCUUCCUCCACCACCUGACGGUGUCGGUACCUUCUCUGGCUUCAUCCAACAAUAAAAUUAAAUAAUGAAAGACGGGCCGCCGGGCUGGAUAGGCUUCUGACCCAGCACCGCAGGUACGGCAGCGUAGCACAUUUGGCUCCAAGAAGCACUGCAGCAAGGGCGCCGAGACCUUCUCCCAGAUGACCGCUGGCCCUAUGAGCCUGGGCAAGCGAGUCCGUGUGGGGUGUGGGAAGUGAAGUCUGCACGAGUGAAAAUUAACUGUGUGGGGACUGGCGAUCUCAUCACCAAAAUAAAGAGUUUUCCUGUGCCCUCCUCUCAGGACAA